AGGAAGAGACAAGUCUUCAUCAGACAGUUGGACUGAAGGAUAUACUAACCAGAGAGUGGAAGGACAGAAAACCUGCGUCCGAGGACAGGCACCUGCUUCUGACGAGGGAUUAUUUUAGCAGUGCUAUCUCUUCUUCAAUCAACCAGUGUGUGUGUUAGUAUGUGUAUUCUUUGUGGGCCAUCCUGUUUUUGGAUUUGAACGUGUUUGCUUGAGAGGGGGCCACAUGGGGUCCUGGCCCUGUACGGGAUGCCAGCUGCAGCGUUAAAGCCCACCCCGGAGGACAUGGUGGCAGAAGGAGGGGGCGAAGCGUCCCAGUGGGAAGUCUCGGGGCCGGGCUGGGAGCGGCUGCCCUCCCUGAAGGUCCCGAGGGAGCUGCUGCGGAGCUUCCCCCACUCCAAACGGGUGGGAUCCUACCUGGUGGGGAAAAUGAUCAACAAGGGGUCAUUUGCCAAAGUGAUGGAGGGGCUUCACAUCGGCACGGGGGAAAAGGUGGCCAUUAAGGUGAUCGACAAGAAGAAAGCGCGGCAGGACUCGUACGUGCUGAAGAACAUGAAGAGAGAACCUCGGAUCCAUCAGAUGGUCCGACAUCCUCACAUCGUAGUCCUGCUGGAGACCCUGGAGACGGAGAACAGCUACUACAUGGCCAUGGAGCUGUGUGCUGGAGGAGACCUGAUGGACAGGAUCUGUGAGCGGAAGCGGCUGGAGGAGAGGGAGGUGCGGCGCUACACCCGUCAGAUCCUCUCUGCAGUGGAUCACCUGCACAAACACGGCGUCGUACACAGAGAUUUAAAGAUUGAAAACUUCCUGCUGGACGAACAUAACAACAUAAAGAUCGUUGACUUUGGCCUGAGUAAUUCUCUGAAGGCUGAAUCCCUUUCUCUGGAGCUCCUCAACACGCAGUGUGGAAGUCCUGCCUAUGCGGCCCCUGAACUUCUGGCUCACAGGAAGUAUGGACCCAAAGUGGACGUCUGGUCCGUUGGUGUGAGUAUGUUUGCCAUGCUGACCGGGACUCUGCCCUUCACUGUGGAGCCUUUCAACAUCAAGCAGCUGCACCAGAAGAUGGUCAACGGAGAGAUCAGCAGCAUCCCCAGUGACGUCAGCAAAGGUGCGGUGGCGUUUGUGUUGUCUCUCCUCGAGCCAGACCCAGCGAAGAGACCAAGUAUCAGAGCUGCGAUGGAGGAGAGAUGGAUCAACGAGGGAUACGCGAAGAAACCACUACACACACUCACUCAUAAAAACAGGUUGGGUCCAGAGGAUCUUAACUCCUCUGUGCUGGGAUACAUGACGGACACGCUGGGCUACUCCCUCUCCGAAAUCAUACACACACUCACCAUCAACAGACCCUCCGCCAUCAUGGCCUCCUACCACCUGCUGCUCAGCAAGCUCAGCAGGAGCCAGAAGGGAACAAAGGCCAGCAAGAAACUUGAAAACAAUGACUGGAGUCUUCCCAGCAAGAACACAUGGAGAGAGAGGCAUAACGCUGACUCAAAGACUCAGAAUGAACAGACCCAUGAGAAAAGCUCAAAGCAGUCCAGCCGGCCUUUGAAAGCCCAACAGACGACAGAGUAUCAGAUGAGCAGGAAGAGGCCAGAGGACCUGCAUAGAAAGGACCGCCGAGAGGACACAGAAAACCGUCCCCCUUCCCCAUCCCUACCCCAGCUUCCUCACUCUAUCUCCCCCCCCUCAAUACCCCUUCGCCUUCCCUCCCCUGCCCCCCUGUGCACAGAGGACGGGACCACCGAUGAGGAUAUCGCUAUCAGUUUAGACACGAGAGAGAUGCUGUUUCCUGAAGUGUCUGUGUUCGGGGACAGGGAACUCGUCCAUCUUUCUCCUCCUAAAACCUCUGCAUCGCAACUCUGUGAAUCCGCCCCUUGCCAAGUCCCUUUACUGGCUGAGCCAAUCAGAGAUGGCAGCACAUCGAGGCCGAUUCGACACACACACCUGCUCAGGACAACUCAAUCGGACGGGGCGGCAGACCCUGGGUCAGACUGCUUCCACGACAAUCGCCACCAGGACGACCACUCCCAUCACCUGAGCAUCAGCGAGCGUCUGGAGAAGCUGCAGACAUUUUAUUCCACAGACAAGAACGGCAUCUCUCCCAGGAUGCUCCUGGAGGCGGACGCACGCACCACAAAGACAGACAAUGACCAACUGGGUACCAUGGAGACGACAUCCAUGUCUACAUCGGCCCACCUGCCCCGCCUGCGCAACGUUGGGCUGAAAGAUGGACGAGGCAGAAAGAUGACAUGGGUAGGGUUGACCCGCCCCGGACCCCCAGGACUCCUGGUGAACGGGUCCAAACCUCCCGCCUUCCCCUCACAGAGACAACAUACUUUGGUUAUUAAGAGCCUCAGGCAGGACAGGGGCAAGAGAAAAGAUCUGUCAGCAGCAGCAGGAGGCGCAGGGGACAGAGGGCCGGCAGUAGGAGGGCUGAACGGAGCCAAGAGGAACUCAGUUCAGUUACGAUCCUCUCUCCAGCGGCGGGUGGCAGACCUGAACCUGCCACUGCUUCCUGCUGCUCUUCAGGGGAAGACGGAUAGGAAGAACCAGCUGAACAGCAUGGACUACUGAGACAGACAUGUGAUAGGAAGGCAGUGAUAGUGGCCAGAAAGAAGAGAAGAUAGUCCUGAGGUUAGUGACACAUUUAGAAAACAGAUUAGAAAUGCUGGCCUGUGUCGAAAUAGUAGCAACAUAAAGAUGAAGGAAAGAAAAGAUGGGUAGAGGUAGGGUAGCAGGAAUAGACACUGGUGUAAACGGCAGCUACAAAGAUAUGAUAAAGCUGAAUUCUUCACUGUUCCAUUCAUGCCUUGCUCACUAACAGAACUCCCCACCAAACAUACCACAUACAGUAUGAGUAUUUUAUACGCUGCAGUGCCAAAAUAUUCCACUUUCACUUUUAAUUAAUAUAACCUUUGUUUAAAAGGCUUUGGUCUAGCCUUUUGGUCUAAACUAUUUCAUGUUCAAUGUAAACAUAUGGAUCUAUUUGUAUUACUGUUCAUAAACCCAUUUUUGUACUGACAUUGAAAGUCAAAGUAAAAAAAGUGUCAAUUCUAAUGUAACCUUUUAUAUGUUUUCAUUGCAGGUUUUUUUCAAAGUUCCUGCAAGUUGAAAAUAGGGGUUUGUUUACUUUCUCUACCUAAUGUGCUCAACUGGGAUAUCAACUUCCUCACUAUAUGACCAAACAUUGGAUAUUUGAAGGAUCACCAGACUACAAAUGUUCAUUUAAGGCUCCAUUACCUCAAACAAUGCAUAUUAAUCAACAGUUUGUGUUGAGUGUGAGUGCAAGCUAACAUUCAACUGCAGUGAUUUGUUCAUAUGUUCUUUCACGAAUGACAUAACUAGAACAAACUGCCAGGACGCCACUCAAAGAGCACAGACCUCCACCAGGACCGUUUCCAUGAGUGAAAAACAAUGUGUGUGUCCUCUCCCUGAUUCAAAUCUGCUCAAACAUUCAAAGGUUUCUUCUUUGGCCAAUGCUUUACCCUUCCAACAAGUUAAUGAAAAUCAGACCAAUAAGCCGAAAGAAAGCAAACAUUCUCAGCGAGUCCUGUCUGACUAACUAAUCAUAGCAUCUAUAAUGUAUUAAUGUCUUUGUGGUCAGGGAAAUUCAUUGGCAGCUUUUUAAAAAUGAGACAGCCGGCGAGCUGAUCAUGGAUCAAAUACUUUGAUUCAGAGGAAUGUAAAACAUUUCUAAUGUUCCUGAGUAGAUAGAACUAAUCAGGAUUUUAUUAGUAUUACCAAAUCUCUUUUUUUGGAUGACUCGUGUUUUGCGGUGUGGACAAGAACCAAAAUGGCUUUUGUCAAAUCAUGGCAGUUCCCUACACUUGGAAAUACAUUUUUAAAUGUUUCAUUAAAUUAUAUUUCUUUUUAAUGACAUUGUUUUUACUUUUUCAGGCCAACUACAGUACAACACAAGUUUGAAGUUCCACCUUUUAGUUUUUGAUGUGAUUUGCCACACCCCUGCUAAGCUGAUUUAAACUUGAACAAUCUUUUCCCCAAAAUCUGUGACAAGUAUCUUGACCCUCACACGCCUUCUGCCU